UGCACCACGUCGCCACCACCACCGUCCCGAGCCCACCCGAUCCCUGGAGGUGACUGACUGUGACAGAGACAGAAAGAGAAAUCGAGAGAGACAGGGACGAAGUGUUGUGUUGAGAUCAGGACGCUCUCCGAUACCACUCCUGCUACUUCAGACACACACACAAACACACAUACUCACACGCACGCACGCACACACACACGCACACAUACACGUGACUAGGAAUAGUCUUUCUGAACUAACCCCGCGAGGUGAAGUCGCCAUGGCCGCCACUGCCACUUCUGCCUGUUAACUUGACCUAGUUAUCUCGGCGGCGUGACUGGUGACUGUGGGGCGGUGUUGUUAUCCAGCUGGUAACGAAGACAUGGGCGUAAGUGUGAAGACCUUCCUGGCCGUGCUGGGGCUGGUGCCAAUGGCCCUCAGCUCCCCCAUGGUGGCUGGAAACGUGGCCACCAACGAGCUCGUCGACACCCCCAUCCAGGAGGAAGUGGACCUACCCAACUGCCGCAGCGGGUCAGCAUGCGGGUACCUGCAGGUGAAUGCGUACGGCGUGAGCACCAAACAUUUCUGCCGCUGCCCCAGGAGACUCGGGUCAUGUGGACUGCACUGGGACCCCCAGGACGGCCGCUCCGUCACCAUGGGAUCUGACCAGUUCAAGUUCUGCGGGUCAACCCCUUCUCUGCAAGUGUGUGGGCGGGAUGAGGCAGCCUACACUGCCGCCUACAUCUUGGACAAGGCGACGUUCAGUAUGGCCGGAGAGCAGCACCACCUCCACUGCUACUGCCCGCCGCCCCUCGGCCACAUCCGCUCAGACGUUGUGGAGGAGGUGGUGAACGAGGAGAUGAUCCUGGCCACCGUCUACACCUGCUCCAGGCUGCCGGUAUGCACAGAGGAGACGCCUUGUAAGGAGGUGGCCAUCGGCGGCGGGACGGCCCUCGUGUAUGUCAAGUGUCGCUGCCCCCACGAGUCUACUUGCCCUACCCUUGGCACCUCCAUCACCCCACACUCCAACACUUACCCUCAGGGCUCCGCCUACUCCGUGCACUGCCACCGUCAGUAUUAAAUCACGACGCUCCUUCCGCAAGCUGCCUCCUCCACCACCCCCACCUUCACCAGAGCCCCUCAUUUAAUGAAACAUGCUGUUUCUUCCCUGCACAAUCGACCUAGACUCCGUUCUCUGUCACCAGCAUACACCAGCGACCUCCGAACUGCAGCAGUAGAGGGCAUCAGUCACUCCUCAGUGCCAGCACCACCCAGGCAAUUCCUUCCUUCCUGACCUGACUUUCCAGUUACGCUGUACAUGUCAUCAGACAUCUCGCCCCCAAAUAUGUGUCAAAGCUCUGGUAAGCCUUCGACAAAAAGAUCAUUCACAGGUUCUGUGUGGGAGUGAGGCCAUGGCCCACACAGAGCAGCAUCACCAGGGUGGGCCAAUAACGCUAACAAAUUCCAGUAUAUGAGACUCAAUAUGACAAAAGAAUAUCACAACAUAGUAUGAUCACUUGUAAAAUAUGACACCGAAAUGUUGUUCACCAUAAUUUGAUACUCUUCGACGAUACAUUAUAUUAUGCAACAUUUUUGGCUAUGUGCUGUAAGGUAAAACAACGUGCAAUAUUAAACAUGGUAAUAGGAACAUACUCGUAUGAUUAAAAUAAUUUCGUAUCUUUACUAAUAAUUAGUUUGCUAGUAAUUAUUAAUAAAGGACAUAAAGAAGUAAAAACGUAACCUAAUACCUGACCUAAACAUUAGAAACACACACACACACAUAUAUAUAUAUAUAUAUAUAUAUAUAUAUAUAUAUAUAUAUAUAUAUAUAUAUAUAUAUAUAUAUAUAUAUAUAUAUAUAUAUAUAUAUAUACUUGGUGUUGCUGAGAUUUUUCAUGACUAAACCGCACUUCACAGCCACAUAGCCUCAGUAAAACAACAAUGUUCUUACCCGAAGCAAGUUGCCUUCUGACAUUAUCCAGGCGCUUAGUUCGUAAACAGAGUCAAUGAGAAGUUUUUAUUCACUUACACACAUUAGCUAACAGCAAUAGACUACUCCCAGAGCGUUGCCAUGGGUCUACCACAUUUAAAAGAGGUAUACGGACAAUGUUGCCACAAUAACUCACCACAGUAACACAAAGACGUUGCACAUAGUUGCCAAGUAACGUCAAUACAGGACCGCGCACACAGUGUUUCCGUACACGUCAACAGGUAAACAAUGGGCCUCAGGUAACAACUCGUGAAAGUAUAGCUCCUUUCCUCUCCACCUUCAGGAGUUUCCACUUGAGGUCUUCGACUCGUCCCUCAGUCUAGGUUGACCAGGAGAUGUUUCUUUGGUAGUUCAUUCUUUUAUUCUUAUCAAGAGGCUGGAAUCAUCUUGUUUUCCUAUUCUUUCAUUCUUCUGGUCACAAUCUCUGGUAAUCGACACUUGAAUCCAGCAGGUUAGAGAGUCAAAUGCCAAAAUAUGUUCAAAGCUGGAUCGGUGAUGAGAAAUCCGGGAUAUGAAGGAAAAUAUAGAAUCUUGGUGGAAAAUCCGGAAUCAGAUAUCUUAAAAAAUUUCUGAAAAUCUGAAUAAAAAAAUCCUACUAAUCGCUUGAAAUUGAAAAAAAAAAAAAAAGUUCAAAAUUAUGUGAACUUUGGAUAUGUCUUUUGGAACUUUGGAAUACUGUGGAUAAUAGAGAACUAAGAAAAAAUCCAACUUGCCACAUCAAGAGAGAGCGAAAAAAAGAGGUGUCAACAAACAUAAAUCAUCAAGACAUUAAUGACAUAAAAAGACAAAUAGAGAUGGUUGAAGAUAUAUGAUGCUGAUGAAGCUUUUACUGUAUAUCAGAUUAUGGAAUUAUGAGCAUGGAAAGGUGGAUUUAUAUCUGUUUAAAAGAAUAAAAAUAUAAAUUA